AUGAACAACGAAAAAGACAAUGUUUACAUCUUUUGGGCAUGUCUUUUUGAAGACGAAAUAUGUCAAACGUUGAUGACGUUUACGGAAGAAUGGAAAUACUUGGCCCCAUUGUUUCCGGAAGGCCAAAUCGAAAAUUAUUGGGCAAGGUUGUCGGAAAUUGGAGAUAUUGGAGAAGACGAUGAUCCAAAAUGGGUGCAAUUAAAGGAUUUGAUAAGAGAAAUAUGGUCGAAUAUGAUAAACACAGCGAACGACAACAACUUUUACAACUCGUUGAUGGAAUAUUUGAAUAAUUGUAAGUUGGGAGUUUGAGUCAUUUUUAUCGUAUAAAAUGUCGCUUACAACUGUCGUUGUGAUUAUGUACAAAAAAUCACGAGUAAUUAGAGCGUAAGAUGUGAUCUAUAGGCAAUAGCAGUUUUUUUUGAAUUUUGCGACUGUUUAUACGAUGAAAUAUGUUUUUCAAAGUUUCAUCGUAUAAAAUGUCGCUUACACUUAUAGUUGUGAUUAUGUAAACAUAAUCGGUAGUAAUUAGAGCGUAAGGUGUGAUCUAUAGGCUAUAUCAGUUUUUUCUGAAUUUUUCGACAGCUUAUACGAUGAAAUGUGUUUUUCAAAGUUUUUCGUAUAAAAUGUCGCACAGCCCUGAAUUUGUAAAAAAUAGUUUGUAACUGUAAAGUAUUCAGCAGAAUCAAUUAGAUGAUGCAAACGUUCAAAUAUUCGCGACAUCUUAUACGAUGAAUCAAACCCCAAAGUUUUUCUUCGUAUAAAAUGUCACUCGACCGUCUGAUUUCAGCGAAUCCUCAAGUUCGUGAUCUCAUCGACAUGACACCAUCGGAUCAAUCGGAUAUGGAGACUGAUCAGAGCGAAAAACCGUCAGUUUUAAGGUGGAUCAAAGUUUUGAAUGUGAUCAAGGCAUUUGAAGACGACAUUGAUGUAAGGACCUCUUUAAACUAUAUGAUGGCGUACUCCGAAUCCGUAAAAAGAACCCUAUAUCCGAUUCUAAGCCAGCUGGAGGAUGGGACAAUCGAUGAACUGACCGCGAAACGCAAGUUUCUGCGAAGCUCUGUUCUUUUCGGCCCAAAUUCCGAAUUACACCUGCUGAGAACGGUCUGGGAACGGGGCGAAGGGUACCACGGAAAAGUCCGGAAAUUUAUGCCACAGUUUGAGAAAAUAUACGGUAAGAUUUGAACCGAUUUUUGAGGGUUUAAUCGAUUUUUCUUUACAGAAAUCGCGGUCUUCUCAGAAAGUCGCCGUAAGUUUUUAUUUUUGGGGUUUUAAAGGGCUUAAAAGUUGAUUUUUGUAUUUUAUAAAAGGAAAAAAACUGUUUUUGAAUUUGAAAAUUUGCCAUAUUUGCUUUAUUUUUACAAUUGUUAGACUUAAAUUUAUGUAAUUUUCUGACAUUUGAUCCAUUUUUUUAACGUUUUUAGCCAACCGACAUUAUAUUCCAGCCGACACGCCGGCCCGCCAAGCGUUGAAUGAGGUGUUUGACAAGCCAGAACGGCACGAUCCGCUGGUUUCGGUGAAAAUUCCGGACCUCCAAACGAGAUCAAUCGUGGUCGAUAUUGCAAAAGGUGGGCAUUUUUCAAAAUUGUUGAAAAAAAUAUAAUUUUUUAUUGAUGUAGAUUGUGUGGAGACUCUAUUUAGCUAAUUUGAGGGGAAACCCGGACAAAAAAUUCAAAUUUUCAAAUUCCCGCCUAAAUUGGCAUUGUGUUUUUGAGCUUUAAAAUGGGUUUAAAGUAACUCAAAUAGAAAUAGAAAGGUGUAAAUGGGUUUGUAAAACAAAAUUUUGGAUGGUAUUACGGCUUUCGGAUAUUUUUUUAUAUUAUCCAUGAUAUUUAAUGUCAUUUUUUAGCGCAAAAAACGACUUUUUUGGUGCUGUUGAAGCUAAAUAUUAUGCCCAGGCAUUCUAAAGGACAGUUAAAGUGAUUUUGGCUACUUGAUUUUCGUAUGACAUCAGAUAUUUGACAUAAAAUUUGAUAUUAAUUUAAAAAAAAAAUUUUUUAGAACGCCCAAUAAACCUCCGAAACUAUCAAGCGGAACUCACCGAGGGAGCUGUUGAUGGUGAAAACACCUUGAUUUGCGCCCCAACAAACAGUGGAAAGACUUUGACGGCCGUUUAUAUUUGCCGGAAAAGAUGGUAUGAGGCUCUGAAGAACCGAAGAAAAUUCAAAGCCGUGUUGUUCGUGCCCACAAGAGUCCUGGUAGAACAGCAGUACAAGUAUUUCCAGAUGUAUAUGCAGCAAUUAAAGGUCACUUUUUCGGGGUUUUUGUGAUAUUCAUCAUGGUGAAGGUCCGAAAAGGGAAUUUUUUGGUUCGGAAAAUUUUUUUGAAUGUGUGUGGGUAUUAGAUUUCGAUAGGUAUCUGCAACAGAUGCUGAUUUUUUGCCAGAAGUUUGGUGAAAUCCGCAAACAUAAAAAUUUCCAUAAAAUCCGUCAUGAUGACUUCUUUCUAUAGUUCAUUUCUUGGAGAUUUUUGUGAACUGACUUAAUGUCUAGGUCUUAUGCUUUGAAUAUAAAAAAAUUCACUCCGAUCCGAGUGCGCCCUGAGGAUUUAUUAAGCUACGAUGACGCAUUUUUUGGAAAUUCGGGAAAAUCCUUUUAUUACCAUUAUUUUCUUGCAGAUUACGUCGAUUUGCGGUGACGACAGCACCUCGCAACCUCAUCGAGCCAAAAUUCAGAACUCGGACGUCAUCGUCAUGACUCCCAUGACCUUAUUGUAGGUAUCCGAUAUUGUACUUGACAUUUUUUUUGAGUCACCCCCAAAACUUUAUUGUUUUUUUAUGUCAUGAAUUUUCAGGAACAUCCUAAAUUGUCCGAGUGAAACGGCGUCCGACCAUAUAACGUUGGAUAUGUUCACCUUGUUGAUUUUUGAUGAAUGCCAUCAUACCAACGAAAAGUAUCCAUUCAACGGUAAGUGUAUGUUGAAUGGUCAAUGUGUGUUACACAUCCGUAUCAUUGUUUGGCAAAAUCAGCUUUGAAUUUGGCGGUUUUUGCAAAUUUUCCAAAAAAUCCGUCAUGAUGACACUCUUAAUUAUCGAAGUAAUUAAUUCUUUGAUGUCAGGCUUUCGUUGUAUGAACCAUAAGUGUUUUGUAAAAAAUCUGGUCAUUUUUCAUUCCUCGUAUUUUACGAGUUCAGCAAGUCAGGAUGACGGAUUUUCUGGAAUUUUUCAAAAAACCCGAAUUUGUUUGAAAGGUGAUGAUAAAUGGUUUUAGAGAUCAUGAAUUUCUACCAUGAUCUCGUGCAGACCGGAUCGGCAUCGAGCUUGCCGCAGAUUGUGGGCCUAACUGCUUCAAUUGGUGCCAAGGAAGCGAAAGACGCCGGCCAAGCCAGAGAUUAUUGCGCAAAGAUUUGUGCAAACUUGGAUGUCCGAAGAAUCAAUCGAGUCCGAAGACACACCGAGGAACUCCUGGACUUCUCUCCGGUCGUUGUUGAUGGUAAGAUCAGUUUGAAUAUUAGUCAAGUGUAAGAUAGGGAUUCGAAUGAAACUUGGUGAAAAUGAAGUAUAGAGUAUUCCAUGGAAUUGUGAGAAGUUUCAGAUCGCGUUAUGCAGAAACAACCGAAAUUUUAAGGUUUUAAUUUCAAAAAUUAUUUGAAUAAAAAAUAAAAAAAAUGCAAGUGGAAGAAGUUUUUUGGCCGUGAAAUGAGCUGAUUAGUAUUUUUUCUUAUCUUUGAGACCAAUUCUAACCUUAAACCCCCAUUUUUUGACCUAAAUUUAUAUUACACUAGACUAAUUUUUUUUGCAGAAAUCUUCCUUGAACCCAACCCUAUGGAUGGUUGCUUUCAAAUACUCACAGAAGAAGCAGAAACAGUGAUUGCGGACUUAUUGGAGCACCUUAAAGACGUCAUAGAAGACAACGAAGUGCGUGGUUUAAAAGGAGAAAUCAGACGAAUGAAUAUCCAUGCGCAAAUAUGCAGUCUGGAGACGCAAUUGAGUCUAAAGGUGAUGGAAGAUUCGAAAAGGCAAAAAGCAACCGAUAUGAUAACCUGGAUCAAGGUAAACAAGAACUUUUUAUAGUGCACUUGGCAAGUGUAAUAUAAAAAUUUGAUAGGCAUGGGCUGAAAAUGAUGUAAUUAGCUAAACACGGUGUGAUUUCAAGAUUAAGAGUGAAUUUUUAAUUUUAGAUGGUAAACCAGGCAACUUGUAUGGCCCGAUUGACCGACAAAUACACAAUGUUGGAAGAGCUCAAAAAGGAAAAUGCACACAUGGAAUUUAAAACCGGCUACUCGAAGAAACGUUUUCAAGGUGAGAAAUAACUAUUGUGGCUACUUUCGCCGCCAUUGGACUGAUUUUUUGCACUAUUUUUUCAUGAUCAUUAUCAGAUGGUGAAGUGUAAUAUAAAAAAGUGCCUUAACUGAUGGGAAGGUUGUAGAAAGCGGUGAACUGCGGUAUCGAUGGUUUAUGAGACAUUUUUAAGCCUAAUUUAUUGAUUUUGAAACCCAAAAUUUUCAAAUUUUCGAAUUGCCGCCAUUUUUUGGCAUUGUGUUUCAAGCGCCGGAAUUGGUGAAUUGGCCAUUGUAAGCGGGAAAGGGAAGCUGGAAUGUGCGUUUAGAGCACGUAAAGAGGAUAUUGGGGCUGUAGAUUUGAGAAAUCCAGCAAUUUUUUAUAUUAUCCAUGACGUUUUUUUUUACGUUUGGCAGAAUCAUUGGGAUUCAAAAGGAAAUUAGCCGUAUGGGUCCUCAAAUUGUUCGAUAGUCUCUAAUAUUUAUUUUAUACCAUUCUAUUCUAUUUUUACUACUUAUUUUACUACUUUUUUUUAUUUAUUUGCAGCCACAAUUUCCCGCCUUGAAGCCCACCCGGACUUCAAAUCGACGCCGUUUGAGAAGCUCCUCUCAAUCAUCAGAGAAGAGUUUGCCAAAAAUUCGGAUACCCGAGUGUUGGCUUUUGUUGAGACGAGAGUACUCUGUCUGCUGUUGGCCGAACGCCUCCAACAUUACACCGGAAUCGAGACCAAACAUCUGACGGGAAGCGCGUCCGCGGAAAACGCCGGCCUAAAUAAGGCCAAACAAAAUGAAGCCGUCAGGAGAUUCAGGAACGGAGAAGUGAAAAUCCUGUGCUGUACGUCCGUGGCGGAUGAGGGAUUGGACAUCCCGGAGUGCAAUGUGGUCGUCAAGUAUAAUGAUACCACCAAUGAGGUCGCUCAUGUCCAAAGAAAAGGUAAAUAUUAUGGGAGAUUUGGCCGCUAAGGAGGGUAAAAUGGUGUUCUAGACUUGGGAAAUUUGAAAUUUUGAAAAAUAUGAUUUUUUGAAAAUUUCCAAGAAAUGUGUCAUCGUGACCAUUUUGCCCACUUUAUGAUGGUUUCAGUCGGAUCAAAAUUUUUUGAGACGUUGUUGAUGAUGCAUAGAUUGUAAUUUCAAACUGAACUUUCGGAUUGGCAUCAAAAUUAACGUGUCAUCAUGACGGAUUUUCUGGAUUUUUGAGAUUUUUCGGAUUUUGAUGGCCUAAAGCGAUUUGAAAAGGGAAAAAAAUGAUUUAAAACGCGUUUUGCCACACUUUGGAGCUUAGCCGAACAGAGGGCGGACAUUGCUAAAAUCGGGGUCUCAGAAUUGAACGAAAAUUGGUCAACUUAAUCACUGAUAGGCACAAAACAUUCGCUUUCUUUGUUUUUGCCCAAAAUUACCGUAUGACGGCAUACUGUAACAUCUUUUUUUUAAAAAGAUAUGCCCUAAUCGAGAAAACGAAGCGCCAUUUCAGCGCAAAUUGAGUUCAGGUAUAUGUUUUCGAUCAUGUAGAACAUUUUUGUAAUUGUCACCGAGAACUAAAAAGUACAUCUAAGCUAUGUUACACUUGAGGCAACAUACCAUUUCGGGUAUAAAAAAUGCAGUUUGGACGAGGCGCAGAUUUUGAAACCGGAAUACUAAACUUCAAACCUCGUCUAACAAACCAUAAAAAUUUCAGAAAGAUCAAAUGUAUAGUUUUUGAGAUAUCGGACAUUCAAUGUCUCAUGUGCAAGACCACCUUGACCCCGAAAAAAUCUGGCAUUCUUAGGUUUUUGGCAAGGCGCAGAUUUUGAAAGUUUUCAAUACAUUUUUAUGACAUUUUAAUAGGAUACAGAAAGUUUCAGAGGAAAAAAAUGAAUAGUUUUUGAGAAAUGUACCAAAAUACUUUGUUUUAGGUCAUCAGAUGCCCGAAAAAAUCUGGCAUUCCUAGGCUUUUGGCUAGGCGCAGAUUUUGAAAGUUUCCAGUACAUUGUUAUGACAUUUUAAGAGGAUACAGAAAGUUUCAGAGGGGAAAAAUGAAUAGUUUUUGAGAAAUGGACCAAAAUACCUUGUUUUAGGUCAUCAGAUGCCCGAAAAAAUCUGGCAUUCUUAGGUUUUUGGCUAGGCGCAGAUUUUGAAAGUUUCCAGUACAUUGUUAUGACAUUUUAAGAGGAUGCAGAAAGUUUCAGAGGAAAAAAAUGAAUAGUUUUUGAGAAAUGGACCAAAAUACCUUGUUUUAGGUCAUCAGAUGCCCGAAAAAAUCUGGCAUUCUUAGGUUUUUGGCUAGGCGCAGAUUUUGAAAGUUUCCAAUACAUUUUUAUGACAUUUUAAGAGGAUACAGAAAGUUUCAGAGGAAAAAAAUGAAUAGUUUUUGAGAAAUGGACCAAAAUACCUUGUUUUAGGUCAUCAGAUGCCCGAAAAAAUCUGGCAUUCUUAGGUUUUUGGCUAGGCGCAUAUUUUGAAAGUUUCCAAUACAUUUUUAUGACAUUUUAAGAGGAUACAGAAAGUUUCAGUGGAAAAAAGUGAAUAGUUUUUGAGAUAUCGACCAUGGUGAACCUGUUAUAGGUCAAGUUGCUGGAAAAUUCGACCAAUUUUCUUCGGCAUCUCUUUUUUUCCGAGAUAUAUGUGUGUUACUGUUUUUUUCUCCAAAUUGUCACAAAUAAAUUCGAGCUCUCUGCAAAACUUUUGUCAAAUGUACGCCGAAGGGUACGAUUCUGUGUUCUGAUGACCUAAAACAAGGUAUUUUGGUCCAUUUCUCAAAAACUAUUCAUUUUUUUCCUCUGAAACUUUCUAUAUCCCCCUAAAAUCUCAUAAAAAUGUUUUGGAAAUUUUCAAAAUCUGCGCCUAGCCAAAAACCUAAGAAUGCCAGAUUUUUUCGGGCAUCUGAUGACCUAAAACAAGGUAUUUUGGUCCAUUUCUCAAAAACUAUUCAUUUUUUUCCUCUGAAACUUUCUGUAUCCUCUUAAAAUGUCAUAACAAUGUACUGGAAACUUUCAAAAUCUGCGCCUUGCCAAAAACCUAAGAAUGCCAGAUUUUUUCGGGGUCAAGGUGGUCUUGCACAUGAGACAUUUAAUGUCCGAUAUCUCAAAAACUAUAUAUUUGAUCUUUCUGAAAUUUUUAUGGUUUGUUAGACGAGGCUUGAAGUUUAUUAUUCCGGUUUCAAAAUCUGCGCCUCGUCCAAACUGCAUUUUUUAUGCCCGAAAUGGUAUGUUGCCUCAUGUGUAACAUAGCUUAGAUGUAAUUUUUGGUGUUCGGUGACAAUUACAAAAAUAUUCAGCAUCGUCGAAAACAUACACUUGAACUCGAUUUGCGCUAAAAUAGCACUUUGUUUUCUCGUUUAGGGCAUAUCUUUUUUUUUAAAAAAUGUUACAGUAUGCCGUCAUAUAGUAAUUUUGGGCAAAAAUAAAGAAAGCGAAUGUUUUGUGGCUAUCAGUGAUUAAGUUGACCAAUUUUCGUUCAAUUCUGAGACAUCGAUUUUAACAAUGUCCGGGCCAAACUACGAUUUGUAAUAAAACGCGUUUUAAAGAGUCAUAAGGAGCUGAGGUGGGACUGAUUUUGUUGAUUUGCAGGACGUGGUCGAGCUCAGGGAGCCAGGAGCAUCUUAAUCGCCGAAAAUGAAUGGAUACAAAAAAUGGAAGAAACGAAUCAAGAACGAGUUCGUCUGAUGAGAGCAGCCCUCGACCUCAUCGACAACAACCUAGUUGAUUUUCAGGACAAAGUAACAACUUUUUAUAUUACACUUGACAUUUACAUUACUUUAGGUGAAAGCGCAGAUAAGCGCGAACAAAAAUGAGCGAGAUAUGCGGCGGAUUGAAGCCGAAGAGGCUAAGGAGGCGUUUUCGCGGAGAAAACACGAUUAUGUCGUGGCUUGCCGGUAAGAAUUUGAUGUUUUUUUUAUUAUACUAGGUGUAAUGUGUAACAGCUAAAGUAAUAUUUCCAGUGGAUGUAAUGGGUUCCUAGUUCAUUCCACGAAGAUUUUCAAGAAUGCCUCGCACUUCACAGCGGCGGAUAGUCGCAUUUGGAUGAGGGUAGAAACGACAGAAUACUUGAAGGCAGAUCGAAUCGAUUCAACUGAGCCCACCGUUGGAAAGGUAAGGAAAAAUAGGAGAAUUAAAGUUGGUUUGGGGCCUAGAAAGUCUGUUGUUGUCUAUGCUUUAGGUUAAAGCUGAAAAAUUUGAGUGCAAAUGGGAAAUUUUGCGAUUUUUCGCCUAAAAUAAGGUCAAAAUGAUGAUUUUUGGGCAAAUCGACAAUUUUUGCUUCGGAAACUAUAUUUUUUUAUUGUUACUAGGUAGGAUGAAUAAUUUUAAAUAUUCAUUUAGCUCUUUGGAUACUUGUUUUUACUAUAGCCACUAUUUUUUAUAGAUUUUUUCGAAUUUUUCGCAAUUUUUGCCUUAUUUUUUAAAAUAAAACUAAUUUUUUCCUAAAAAUUGGGUUGACUCUAGUCUAAAGAUGAUUUUUCAGUCUUCCAUAAACUUAUCUUGCUAUACACGUUGUAUAUUUCCAGGUCUGACCUCUCUUUUCAGUUAAAUCCCUCCUCGUUUUUUCAGAUAAACUCUGGAAAUUCCUCGAAAAUCUUCAACCAAUUUGAGGUAAUUAGUCAUAACACAUUUCUAUUGUUGUGAGCAGGUCACAUCUAUCUUAUUUUACAUCCAUUUAUGCAUGUCUUUCCCGAUUAACACGCUUUUUUCCAAAUUUUUGACUAAAAUAAUAUACUUUUAGAUCCGAUGUCAAAAUCUGACUGAUCACGGAAAAUGCGGCCAAAUUCUUGGCUCUGUUGUGAUCUGCCGACUCAAUGGGAAGGUGUUCCUGCCAAUUCUGAAGUGCUCCCAGCUCGUCUUUGUGGAGGUUCCCCUCAAUUAUGAUCAGCCGGUCACUCCGUUGGUGGGAAAGAGGGUUGUAAAAAAACAGUGGAAACAGAUGGAGGAAUUCUUUCGUCCGCGACCGAUGACCAGCUAUGAGUGGGCGGAUAUGGCCAGAGUCAAACCCACCAUCUCGCUGAGCCCCGGACUACAGAGAGCCAUGCAAAAUUGGAGUGAAGGCGAGAGUAUCGACAGCCCCGACCUUAGCCAAGAUAGUGGUGUAGCAGAAUAA